GUUAUUUGGAAAUACGCUGGAAAAAAACCAAGGACACUGGCAUCUAAUACAAGGUUGUAUGAUUGGCUUCCUCAGAAUGACUUACUUGGGCAUCCCAAGACCAGAGCUUUCAUCACUCAUGGUGGCACCAACGGGAUAUAUGAAGCUAUCUAUCAUGGCGUACCCCUGGUCGGUAUCCCUCUGUUUGCCGAUCAGCCUGAUAACUUGGCUCACAUGAAAGUAAAAGGGGUUGCUGAGGUCCUUAAUUUUGCCACGUUACGUGCACAGGAUUUGGUUGAUGCUCUUAACACUGUGAUCAAUGGAACAAGAUACAAAGAAAAUGCAAUGAAGUUAUCUAGAAUUCAUCAUGACCAACUAUUAACUCCAUUGGAAAGAUCUGUGUACUGGAUUGAGUUUGUAAUGCGACAUGGAGGGGCGAAACAUUUGCGGCCUGCAGCACACUCCCUGUCAUGGUAUCAGUAUCAUUGCCUGGAUGUGGUAGCAUUGCUUGCUGCCUGUUUAGCAGCCUUCAUAUUCCUUUUCACAAAAUGCUGUUUGUACAGCUGCAGAAUCUGCAAGUGUAUGAAGGUUAAUUUGUGGAACGCGAUCGGGUCGAACUGCUAUGCUGCCGAAACUGAUUAACAAAUCUUUCAACCAGCAAAAUGUAAAUAUUUGGGAUUUGUAUCUCGGGUGUUUAAGUUGCCCAGUGUUUUCCUUUUGUUUUUAAUGCUUAGCUUGACCUGUGUCAUCUUUAGCCUAUAUGUUAUAUUAAAGGUAGUAUAAGUGAUAGGAUAAAUGUUAAGGAGGGGAGCCGCCCUAGAUUAGAUUGAAAAUUGGACUGUAUGGGGAAAGCCUUGGAAGUUUUUUGUUGGGUACUGCCUGCGAUCAUCCUCAAUUGGGGAGGUAGAUCGAGGCUUCGGGGUUAAUUGGGGUUUUUUUGUUGUUUGUGUAAAGGGGUGGGGGUGUGUUUUGGGGGAUUACCAUGGCAGUCUAUUCUUUUGUGUGUUACGGAUUGGUCAGACUUUCUUUUCAUUGUGCGUUAUUGUGUGCAACUUAUGCCCUUGCACUGUUUUGGAUUGUAGGCCCUGUGUGUCUUUUGAUAUGGUUAACGUGAGUGCAGCUGAUGGAGGCCACCCUGUGAGGUUUAUUUCUUGGAAUGUAAAGGGGCUCAAUGGUCCGGUUAAAAGAGCUAAAGUUUUCUCUCAUCUGAAACAAUUAAAAGCAGAUAUACUAUUUCUACAAGAAACACAUUAUAGAGUGGAGGACCAUAAUAGACUUCGUAAAGCAUGGAUUAGUCAGGUUUUUCAUUCCAGAUUUAAUAGUAGGUCCAGGGGGGUGGCAAUAUUAAUCACCAAAAGAAUGCAGUUCACACCAUCUGAUAUAAUCAGUGACCCUAAUGGGUCACUUUAUUAUAGUCCCUGGCUCUCUCUUUCAGAUACCUGUUAUUUUGGUAAAUGUUAUGCUCCUAAUUGGGAUGAUGUCCAAUUUGCAAAUAAGGUUUUGUCAUUAAUACCUAACCUGAAUACACAUAAGCUAAUCUUUUCCGGAGAUUUGAACUGUGCUAUUGACCCACUGCUUGAUAGGUCUUGCCCUAGGGGAACAUUUUCUGGUAUGGCAAAGGCCUUCUCGAUGUUUAUGCAACAAAAUGGUUAUAUGGAUCCUUGGAGAUUUUUGAAUCCAUCAGUUAGGCAAUUCUCUUUCUUCUCUCAUGUUCACCAUUUCUAUUCCAGGCUAGACUAUUUCUUUAUAGAUAAUUCCUUGAUACCUAUGAUUAGACAAAUCGAAUACACUGCUAUAGUUAUAUCUGAUCACUCGCCCGUGAAACUGGACCUAUGUUUUCCUUUAAACGUUAGAGAACGGCCUCUGUGGAGACUUAACCCCCUUUUGCUUUCUAAUGAGAAAUUUUGUAGUUAUAUAUUGGCUAACAUUGACACAUUCUUCGAGACUAACAAAACUGAGUUGGUAUCGUACUCUUUACUUUGGGAAACUUUAAAAGCUUACUUGAGGGGUCAAAUAAUAUCUUGUACUUCACAUGCCAAUAAAGAGCGUAGGAAGGAAAUGCAAGUGUUAUUGCAAUCUAUUUUGGACCUGGAUAGAAAAUACUCUGAGGCACCCACUGCAGAAUUAUAUAAAAGCCGGGUUGAUUUGCAAGCAAAGUUUGGUCUUCUAUCUACAAACUUAUCAGAACAAUUAAUUCUUAAGACACGUGACCUCUAUUAUGAAAAUGGUGACAAGGCGAGCCGGCUUAUGGCUCAUCAGUUGAAACGUCAAGCUGCAUCACGACUUAUUCCCCAGAUAAGAGACACGCACCAAAACUUGACAAGCAAUCCAAAAGAGAUUAAUAACAUCUUUGCAACUUUUUAUUCCUCUCUGUAUGUCUCAGAGUUCCCCUCAGAUAAAACAAAUAUGGAACAUUUUCUAGAUAAUUUGGAAAUACCUACUCUUGAACCAGAGGAGGUGGAGAACCUAGAUCGGGCUCUUGGGCAGGAAGAGAUUAAUAAUGUCAUUAUGGCUAUGCAGAGUGGUAAGUCCCCAGGUCCUGAUGGUUAUCCAAUAGAAUUUUAUAAGACAUUUAAGGAUAAGCUCAUACCGGUCCUUCUAGAAGUGUUUCAGGAAUCUUUGGAGAACGGCUCCUUACCCCUUUCUCUUUCACAGGCAGCUAUUUCACUACUUCUUAAAAAGGACAAGGACCCGACUCAAUGUGGAUCAUAUCGCCCCAUCUCACUUUCGAAUGUAGAUGUGAAAAUUUUGGCUAAAGUGCUUGCAUGCUGUUUAGAACGUCCCCUUCCCAAGAUAAUUUCAGAUGAUCAAACAGGUUUUAUUAAAAAUCGCUAUUUUUUUAAUAUCCGUCGACUGGCUGAUGUGGUUUAUUCACCCAGUGAUUCUCCAAGUCCAGAGGUUGUUAUCUCCUUGGAUGCAGAGAAGGCAUUUGAUAGAGUGGAGUGGGUAUACUUGUUUAGUGUUUUGGAGAAAUUUGGAUUUGGCAGAAUAUUUAUAGCUUGGGUUAAGCUAUUAUACCACUCGCCUUUAGCAUGUAUACAGACAAAUUAUUUUCGAUCUGACUAUUUCCCACUAACACGUGGCACUCGCCAAGGCUGCCCAUUGACCCCUCUUCUUUUUGCAAUUGCAAUUGAGUCUCUUUCUAUUGCACUUAAGUCAACUACAUUAUUUCAAGGUGUUAGAAAAGGGGACAUGGAACACCGUGUUUCCCUAUAUGCUGAUGACCUCUUACUUUAUGUUAGCGACCCUGUAGGUAGUAGUCCUGCUAUUGUGUCAUAAUUAGGUCAAUUUGGAGCCUUCUCUGGCUAUAAACUGAACUUUCAAAAAAGCAAAUACUUUCCCAUUAAUAACUUGGCCCUACAGAUCCGACAGGAAUCUUUGCCUUUUCCUUUAUCUCAAGAUGGUUUUGUAUACCUAGGAAUACAUAUUACUCACUCUUUUACAUCUCUAUUUGAAGCUAACUACAGGCCUCAGGUUAGCCAAAUGAAGGCUGAUUUCGAGAGAUGGCGCAGUUUAUCCCUUAGUAUAGCUGGGAGAAUUCAGUCAGUGAAAAUGACUGUACUUCCUAGAUUUCUUUAUUUGUUUCAGUGUUUGCCAGUUUUCUCAUCUAAGUUAUUUUUUUAAAUCAGUCGACCAAGCUAUAACCUCCUUUAUUUGGGAAAAUAAGGUCCCAAGGGUUAAUAAGCACACUCUCCAAAGAGGUCGUGACGUAGGUGGAAUGGGUCUUCCCAGCUUUAUUCAUUAUUACUGGGUAUCGAACAUUCAAAACGUAUUAUUUUGGCUCCACCGGCCAGAUAUAAUCUGGUGCCUGCUUGAGUCACGGUCUUGCCACUCCUCGUCUCUCCCAGCUUUGGUGUAUUCUUCCUUACCAUUGAAAUCCUCUCAAUUUACAUCUAACCCGGUCGUGCUCUCCACCCUCAAAAUUUUUAAUCAAUUUCGCUGCCAUUAUAAGUUCAUAUCAGCUUCAGUUUUGGGCCCCAUUCAUAAAAACCAUUUAUUUCCUCCCUCCACAUUUGAUUCAGCUUUCAGACAAUGGGGUUUGAAUGGUCUUACGCGCAUUAAGGAUUUGUAUACUGAUAACAUAUUUGAUAGUUUUGAUAACCUGCGCGGUAAGUAUGGCCUUCCGCAUAAUUAUUUUUUUAAAUACCUGCAGAUUCGCCACUUUGUCAAGGAAAAAUUUCCCUCUUUUCCUGUUCUACCACCUGCUAUGUUAUGAGAAAAAUUCACACUUAGCUUUAACAAUAAAGGGCCGAUCUCUGAGCUAUACUCUCAGCUGAUGUCUUUGGGAGUUCAAGAUCUAAACAAAACUAGGAGUAGGUGGGAGGAUGACCUCGGUAUGGAGCUGGCUGAGGAAUAUUGGGCAAAAGUAUUGAAUAGGGUUCAUUUCUCAUCAUCAUGUGCUAGACUGGGGCUCAUACAAUUUAAAGUUUUACACAGGGUACAUUUAAGUAAAGCCAGACUUGCAGACAUAUACCCUGGGACAGACGCUGGCUGUGACAGGUGUUCCUUCUCUCCAGCUGGUUUAGUACAUGCAUUUUGGUCGUGCCCUCGGCUUGAUGACUAUUGGGCACUGGUUUUUAAAAUUAUCAGUGAGGUUUUGGGGGUGACACUGAGACCUUGCCCGCUCAUAGCUGUAUUUGGUGUGGCAGAUGAUGAUUUGGGUUUAAAUGCAAGCCAGUCGGAUAUCAUUGCAUUUACAUCGCUAUUGGCUCGUAGGAGAAUUUUGCCGGGUUGGAAAUCUGCUACUCCCCCAACUGCUGCUGCUUGGUUAGAAGAUGUAAAGUUUUUUCUGAAAUUAGAAAAGAUUAAAUUCACUUUGAGGGGGUCUGUGAAAAAGUUCUAUUUGAAAUGGGGACCUUUCUUAUCAUAUUUUGGGAGUCUUAAGGAAUUACCUACCAGUUGAGGGCAUUUGAUUGUACUUGGGAAGUUGCCUCCUAUUUAACACGCUUAUAAUUUACCUCACAGGCUGGUUGAUGAAUUGUAAAUAUGAGUAUAUUUUGGAUCAUCUGACAUGUUGCAGAUGUGUGUGAGCCGUCGUCUUGAAGUAGUGUGGGAGUAUGGUUGUGAAAUGUCCGUACUUGUAUUUGUGAAUUGUUGUGUUGUAAAUAUAUUAGCUGCCA